GCCGAAGACGCCAGUCUAGUUUAGAAAUGGCGUCUCCGAAGCUUGCUGUCGCUGUCGCGACGCUUUGCGUCGUCCUCGCCUAUCCCGUCGCCUCCGCCGAAAGUUACGCGUGCGCGUGGUGCGACUCCUACCUGGAGAAGAACACCGCGUGCUCGCAAUUCGAGGAAGUCGACCCGGACCUGGUGCACAACGUCACCUGCGCCGAGGGGUGUUACUCGUACGCGUUCCACUACGAAGCGACCGAGUCGCACCACGUGAACGUAACGGUAAAAGGGUGUGGCACCUUCUCCUGCGACGACGUCGCCGCCUACAUCGCCCAGAAUACGUCGUACCCCAACUCGACCGUGUUGGGUUGCUACACCUGCGAGGGCGACAUGUGCAACCUCGUAUCUGACGACGACAGCGGCGGCAACGUCGCGACCCUACCCGCCUGCGCCCUCCUCGGCGCCGCCCUCGCGGCCGUCGUCUUCGCGAGGUAACGCGCGCCACCACGUACGAAUAAAUAGAUAGAACGAUUC